AUGGCGUUGAGGGUAAGUAAAAGGCUACUAAGAGUGGUUUUUUUGGUCAUUUCAGCCUUGGGUAUCAUUGGCCUAGUGCUUCAUAGCACCAAUAAUGAAACAGCACUCUUUUACGUGAACAAGGCAAAAGAUGCGGUUGCUCAAAAGACUGCUUGGAACUCGGAAGCAGCUAAACAGGAGGAAGAACAGAGAAAAAAGGCCGAAGAAGAGUCCCAAAAGGGUAAACAUCUGGAAGACGUCGAAAUGGACAGCAAUGCCAAAACCCUUUUGGAAGAUGCUGCAGCAGCACCACCAGAAGUUGUGGGCGAAGGAGUGAAAGAGGGUAAAACACAGAAAACCGGUGGAGACAACAAAGUCAGAGCGGCGUUUGUAUCGCUGGUCAGAAACCAGGACUUACCUGAAAUUUUGGAAACUGUGCAGAACUUGGAAGACCGUUACAACUCCAAGUUUCACUAUCCAUACGUGUUUUUGAACAACGAGCCAUUCACUGCGGAGUUUCAAAAUGCCAUGAGGAACGUUGUGUCAUCCAACGUGACAUUUGGGCUCAUUCCUGAACCGCACUGGUCGUAUCCAGACUGGAUUGAUCAAGACAAAGCUGCUGAAGUGAGACAGACUGCAAAAUACAUCUACGGUGACAGUGAAAGUUACAGACAUAUGUGUCGUUAUGAAUCUGGAUUCUUUUGGAGACACGAACUAUUGGACGAUUACGACUGGUACUGGCGUGUCGAGCCCAGUACCAAACUGCACUGCAAUGUCGACUACGACGUGUUCAAAUGGAUGCAGGACAACAACAAAAUGUAUGGGUUCACAGUGUCCAUCAAGGAAUUCGUGGACACGAUCAAGACGCUGUGGUCGGAAACCAAAGAAUUUAUCCAUAAAAAUCCGCAAUACGUUGCUGAGGAUAACAUGAUGGGAUUCAUCUCGAACGACAAGGGCAAAACUUACAAUUUGUGCCAUUUCUGGUCAAAUUUUGAAGUGGCAAAUUUGAAUUUUUGGAGAUCUGAAGCCUACAGGGACUACUUCGAUCAUUUGGACCAUGCUGGGGGAUUUUUCUACGAACGCUGGGGUGAUGCUCCGGUUCACUCUAUCGCAGCGUCUUUGUUUUUGUCAAGUGACCAGGUCCAUUACUUCCCAGAUAUCGGUUAUUAUCACGCUCCUUACAACAAUUGUCCUUUGGACCAAAGCAUCUGGCAGAGCGGAAAGUGUUCGUGUGAGCCACUCCACGAUUUUUCUUUCCAACCUUACUCUUGUACGAACGAAUAUUACGAUUUCAAGAAAUUAGAGAAGCCAGAUGGGUGGAAGAAGUUUAGAAACGAUUAG